AUGAAGGGAUGGGAGAAGAAGAGGAAGGACUCGAGACAUUUGACAAAUUGGCAGAGAAGACGCAAGAACGCAAGAUGCACGCAUAAGAAAGAUAUUUUAAUUAACGAACCCCCCUUUGCCAUCACCAUGCAGGUAGAUAAGAAAAAAAAGAUGAACGAAAUGGAAGUAGAUAUUAAAAGUGAGGAAACGAAAGCCCGCCAACCGAAUACCAAAAUUAAAAGAAAAGGAAGAAAAAAGGAAUAA